UUUGCUCUCAUUUAGCACAAAAAAAAAAAACAAAAGGAAGGGGAAAAAGGGUCCCUGAAACUCGGCAUUUAAAAAAUAAGGUCACAGAAAGCCAAACCACGUCUUUACAGCUCCCACCAGCUCCGGCAAGAAGACCGUGAGUAAGACCAAAAGAAAAAGCCCCAUUCUUUAACAGUCUGUAGAAUUUCCCAUUUCCCAGUCUUUUGCAAAUUGCAGAGGAGAGAGAAAGCGAAGAAGCAGUAACAAUGGUGUCGUACGUGAACGCGUUGUUGUACGGUGUAGGAGGAAUAGUAGUAGCAGGAAUGGCAUUGUUAGUUGCAUUUCAAGAGCGCUUAGUAUACGUGCCUGUUUUACCUGGUCUCACCAAGUCUUACCCCAUCACUCCUGCUCGUUUGCGUCUCCUCUAUGAAGAUGUUUGGCUCAGAUCUUCCGAUGGCACUAAACUCCAUGCCUGGUUCAUCAAGCUCUUUCCCGACUCCCGAGGUCCAACUAUUCUUUUUUUCCAAGAAAAUGCUGGAAAUAUUGCUCAUCGCCUUGAAAUGGUUCGGAUUAUGAUACAAAAGUUGCAGUGCAAUGUUUUCAUGCUUUCUUACAGAGGAUAUGGUGCGAGUGAUGGCUAUCCUUCUCAACAUGGAAUCACCCAGGAUGCUCAGGCUGCGUUGGAUCAUCUAAUGGAGAGGACUGAUAUCGACACAUCCCAGAUAGUUGUCUUUGGGAGGUCAUUGGGUGGUGCAGUUGGAGCUGUUCUCACCAAGAAUAAUCCGGAGAAGGUUGCCGCCUUGAUUUUGGAGAAUACAUUCACAUCAAUUUUGGACAUGGCUGGAGUUUUACUUCCCUUUUUGAAGUGGUUUAUUGGCGGAAAAACUGGGAAUGGUCCUAAGAUAUUGAACUUUGUAGUUCGUUCGCCUUGGAGUACCAUUGAUGUUAUUGGCCAGGUCAAACAGCCUAUCCUUUUCAUCUCUGGGUUGCAAGAUGAGAUGGUUCCUCCAAUCCACAUGAAAAUGCUGUAUGCAAAAGCAGCUGCACACAAUAGACAAUGCUCUUUUGUGGAAUUUCCUACUGGCAUGCAUAUGGAUACAUGGCUUACUGGUGGAGACCAUUAUUGGAGAAGAGUUCAACAAUUUAUGGAACAGCAUGCAUCUGGAAAAAUACGUGACGAGUCUAACUCUAGAAACGAUGUUUAUCCAAAAAUGUGAACUCGAGGUUUCAUAUUCACUAACAUUACCUUUAAUACUGAUGCUAGUAAAAAAGUUGCUGUGGAAUGAUGUUGAAACAAUAAUCUGCUAGACAUGGCUGAAAUUUCCUUGUACCUGUUGUAGCAACGUGUAAAAGCUAUCUGCAAAGAGUUGCUUCUAGUGAAGAAUCUAACAUUUUUUCGAUGUCGUGAACAUAUACUGCAAGGACAGAACACAAAUUGGUGUACAAUGUCUCGGAUAUAUGGUAAGCAGUUAUCAGCCAGUGUUCUCCAUGCAGUAGGUAGUAGUGAAAGAGAGGCAAAACAUACAUUGUAUAGUUUUUGCUCUGAAGAUAGUACACAUUGUUUCUCUAUUGUCAGUGUUACCUUUAUAUUGAUAUCUUUUGAUCAUUUUGGAUUGAAAAUUUUCGAUCCGAGUCAAAUAUUGACCCAUCAUGUAAGAAUUUAACCCCCUGCAAAUAGUUGGAUGAUGAUUUAGUCGUGGUCAAUACUCGACUCGAUGCUUCAUUUUUGCUGUGGCUUUCUAA